CACACAACAGGCAAACAUCGCCACCAUAAACAACAAACAGUGCAGCUGCCAAACAACGCCACGCACAAACAGCAAACAACGCACGCGAUGGAGGGCAAUGAUGAUGAUGAGUGUUCGCUGGCGUCCAAGGUUGAGAGGCUGCAGGCUGCGUUACGGGCGGCCGCGUGCGGUGACGGUGGCGGUGAGGGCCCUGGGUGUGAGGAUGAUGGUGGGGUCCACUGUACUGAUGUGGCCGUGGAGGCGUCACCCACCACCGGUUACCGAUAUCGAUGCAGGUUCCAGCUGCUGCGCUGCUGCGGCGUGGACGGUGGCGAGGAGCGGUAUGCGUUUGCUGUGUGGAAGCAUGGGAGGCCGCAAGCCAUCCACAGCCCACGAGACUUCACCAUCGCCUGCGCGCGCAUACACACGCUGAUGGAACGUGUGCUGGAGGAAGCCAACUGCAAGGGUGGUGGUGAUGGUGGUGAUGGUGCAGGCAACGAGGUGCUGUGGCAGCACUGCCAAGCUGCCCACUUCCAUUGCACGACCACAGACGAUGCCAUGAUCACCUUCAUCUACGACGCAGCCAUUGAGGACGAGGGACGGUGGCGGCACGAGGCACAGCGGCUGUCACGCAAGUGGGGCUGCCACUUGCUGGCUCGGUCCAAAGGACAGCGCCUGGUUGUCGGCAAUGACUAUGUGGAGGAGGUGCUCACAUUACCGCCGCUCAAUGACGACAACACUGGCGGCACAAGCUACCCAGGUAGCAGCAGGAGACAGGCCGACACUACUGCUCUCACCACCACCACCACCACCACCACCACCAGCAACAGCCAGAGCGGCACCACAGCAAGGAGCAGUGGCGCAGCAGCCCUGCGCAUCGUCCUUCGACAGCCGGAAGGAGCUUUCAGUAACCCAAACCCGUACAUCUGUCUGCGCACGAUGCUGUGGUUGCGACAGCGAGCGGCGCUCGUCCGCGCAGACGUGCGGCACAUGCUCGAGCUGUAUGCGGGCGCAGGGACAUACACGCCGAUCCUGGGCCACCUCUUCGACGCCGUGACGACCGUGGAGAUCAGCACGGCCCUGGUGGCUGCCGCCCAACACAACGCCACGGCCAACGGGGUGGAUGAGCGCGUGCGUGUUGUGCGCGCCCCCGUGGAGGCUGUGCGCCACAUCAUCUCCUCUGCUUCACACGAGGGCGUCACCUUCGACGCCGUGAUGCUCGAUCCGCCGCGCGCCGGCGCCGACGCCUUCACCAUCUCCUGCCUUGGCCAGUACAAGCACAUCAUCCUGCUCAGCUGCAACCCGUUGCACACGUUCCCGCGCGAUCUGCGGGUGCUGUGUCGAACGCACCGCAUUGCCAGCGCCAUUGCGCUCGACCACUUUCCACAGACGCCACACUUUGAGGCCGCCAUGCACCUCAUCCGCAGAUAGCAGGUGUGUGUGCGUGUGUGUGUGUCUGUGUGUGUGUGUGCGUGCGUGCGUGUGUGUGUGUCUGUGUGUGUCUGUGUGUGUCUGUGUGUGUGCGCGCACGCGUCUCUCUCUCUCUCUCUCCCUCCCUCUCUCUGUGGCUGCAUUAUGAACGUCCUGAACACUGUGGACGGCGUCGCAAGUCGACACACAGCAUGUGUGUGCAUGCGUGCGGUUGACUACGAGUAUGCCUACGCUUGCCAGCAACGACCACAGCCCUCGACACCAGCCACCACCGCCACCACAGCCCUCGACACCAGCCACCACC